AUGUCUGUAGUGCCGUAUAAUCUGAAUAACAAAAUUGUGCUUCACGAUCCAACUCGAGGAAUAUUAGUUUUGCACAAUAACCAAAAAAAUACAAUACAGCUUUUAUCUACUAGUGCUAAGUCAGGAAAUGACCCGAAUAUAGAGUCAAAUCUGUUAUUAGAGUGCCCUAAUUGUGGAUUCCAGUGGGACUCUAAUGCAAGUCGUACUCAUCUGUUCCAUCCUAGUUCUCAGCCAACCAAUGAUGAAGACCUUGCCAAUCAUCUUGAUGAGAAGUAUGCCAAUGAUAUUGAAAAUGGCCUCCCAGGUAUAGAUGAAGAAUUUAUGCAUCAUGAUUAUUUCAAAGUCUUAAGUAAUUUACCUUCCCUGGAGUUGUAUCCCUUUAAAAGUAGUUUCAGUUUCUCUAGCGGCAGUUUACCUGAAACGAUUUUCAAUCAGGGCUAUUUCCGUCGAUUUUUCAAGAAGGUGCCUCCUUUUAUAUUGGGCUCUGGUGCUCACGCUCAAGUAUAUAAGGUGGUCCAUGUUCUUAAUGAUAUUAAAUUGGGCACCUAUGCUGUCAAAAGAAUUUGUAUUGGAGAUAAGAUUGAGUUUCUUCAACAAGUUUUAAACGAAGUAAUGAUAUUGUAUGAACUUUCUAUUCAAGGAGCCAAUGAAAAUAACUUGAUACGGUAUAAUCAUGUUUGGUUGGAAUUGGGUGAUAUUGAUGACCUGCUGACUUUUAUAUUACCAGAGAAUAACUUUUCUAGUCAAGUCGGCUCUGCUCUGAAAGUCCCUUACGUUUUUAUACUACAACAGUAUUGCGCUGGGGGUCAUUUGGAAGACUUGAUAUAUGAAAAUUUCUUACAACAUAAAAAGUUAUCUUUAAAAGAAAAGGUUGAACGGGAACGUCAAGAAAGAAGACGAAAGAGAGAGAGAAGAAGGAGUAGCAGUGGUAAAAGUAUUAAUUCGUUAAGCGAUAAUGAAGAUUUAUUGUCUGCUGAGGCUGUUCAGAGACCUUGGUUGGACGAUGUAGAAAUUUGGAAAUUUUUCCGGGAUGUUACCAACGGUGUUCAUUAUCUACACAAGCAUGGGAUUCUUCAUAGAGACUUAAAACCAUCAAACUGUUUGCUUGACUCUAAAUACGAAUAUCCAGAGAUUAAGGCAGACGAAGACCUUGAAGCUUUUGUGACAGCACUACCAAAGGUAUUGGUGACAGACUUUGGAGAAGGUAAAUACAUUAAUAAGAAUAAAAAAAAUGCAGAAAAGGGUUUUGAGAUUGUUGAAGAUUCCACCUCAAUUGAUGAGCUCUUUCCACAAGAUGAAAGUAAGGAACGCAGAGGUAAUACUGGAACUCUUGAGUUCACCGCUCCUGAACUCUGGUUAUAUUCUAAUUACGAUCCUGAACAAAAUGACAAUACUAUGAAUGAGUUCACUUUUGAAAGUGAUGUAUAUUCAUUGGGUUUAAUACUAUGCUGGUUAUGCGUGGGCACAUUGCCGUUCACUGAUCUUAUAUCUGAUGAGACAGACCCACAAACGAUUAGAACAAAAAUUCUAGACUGGUAUUUCAAGUUGAAUAGGACCUCAUUUAGCAAUUGGUUUCAUGGACGAGUGAAGGGAGAAUUCAGUGAUCCUAUGGAACAAUUUGAGGACCUCAUUUAUAGUAUGAUCAGAGGAGAUUCUGGUACAGCUACCGAUACAAACGUAGAUGUGGAUACUGAUCAUCAGCAACAGCCUACGCAAAGAAUUUUGACUACAGAAAUAUUAGCAACUUUGGAAAAUAUGAAAUUUCCAAUAGUAGGAAGGAAACAUAAAACGGGGGUCAGCAGCAAUAAAAAAUCUACAACUAAGUGGCUAACCAGUGUCUUUUUGAAAAAGCAUUUUGAUGAAGCUAUCUUAGCUACUUAUGUGAUUGGGUAUAUUAUGAUAGAAUUGAUGCUAUACUUAGGCUGUCUUAAUUUUAAGACUUUAUACUGUGCAAAGAUAGCAGUUUUGUCUUUCAUAUUGGGAUUGGAAAAGUUCCUUCUCACUAAAAGGAGAGCUAGAGCAUGGAUGAGCGCUGCGGUUCUAUGCAUAGUCCUUGGUUUAUGUAUACUAGAAAUUACUUGA